AUGGAAGAUGUAAAGUUAGAUGAAUCAAGCAUUUCAUCAGUAGCGCUUGAUUCAUCAAAUGAACCUAUAACACCAACGGCAAUAACAACUGAUAUACAAACAAAUCCAAUACAGAUUGUGGAUUCGUUGAAAAUUAUUGAUAUAAAACUAAACGAUCGAUAUAAUGAAGAUAAUCAGGGAAAUAAAAAGAAAGACGACGGUCUAAAAAGUAAUGUUAUAUCAAGUGUACAUAACACUACAGUUAUUCAUUCAUCUGAAGAGACAUCUGUGGAGACUUUUGAAAGGCUAAAACGAGGUUUGAAAAAUGAUGAUUUAUCUCACAAGGACAUCGUGGAUUCAAUUUUCAAUGUGUUAGUUGGUGGUGCAUUCGAUUUGGAAUCAAGAUUUGUUAUCGAGGACUUCGAAAAUAUCAUUCAUAUGGUGAAAUUGCUCGAUUUGGCUCCUUCUGGUCUUCAGGCCGAAGUAUGGAGUGUUUUCGUAGCCGUUAUCCGAAAAAGUAAUCGCAAUUUAGAAGCCUGUUCACGUGUUGGUCUUAUAGGAAUUAUAUUGGAUAGAUUGCCUGAUUGCGAUGCUAUGAUUUCUGAUUUACUCGUCCAACUUUUGUGUGUCUUAACUGCUUAUAGUAUUAGUGUUAAAGAAACAAAAAAAUUUUUAUGUGCCUUGAAAGCGGAUGGUGGCCAUUGGAAGAAGAAUUCAGUAAAGCUUUUAGACGUUUUAAAGGAAAUGCCAAAAAGAGAAGGAGCUGAUGUCUUCUUCUCAUUUCCUGGGAUUCGUAAUGCGGGUAUCGCACUACCGCCUUUGAUUAAGUGGCCUUAUCAAAAUGGAUGGACGUUCAGUACUUGGCUGAGGAUGGAUCCUUUGAAUAGUGUCAAUUUCGAAAAGGAAAGACCUUUCAUUUACUGUUUUCGAACGAGUAAAGGAUUGGGUUAUAAUUGCUAUUUCAUGGGUAAUUGCUUAGUAGUGAGCAGUACGAAAAUAAUUGGUAAAGAAACAGCUCGCUGCAUUCGAUUUGAAUUAGUGCCAAGAAGGUGGCAUCAUGUUGCUGUAUCAUAUGUUUAUUCAAGAUGGACGAAAAGUGAAAUUUUUUGUUAUAUUGAUGGGCAGCUUAUAGAAGUAUUCGAUCUAACAUGGUUGGUUUCUACGGUGGAUCAGUUCGAUCGGUGUACUAUUGGAUGCGGAUCUGAUGGUGAAGAGCCAUUCUGUGGUCAAAUUGCAGCAGUCUAUGUAUUUGCCGAGGCAAUAAAUCAACAACAAGCUAAUGCAAUGUAUUAUCUCGGUCCUAAUUAUCAAAGUAAUUUUCGUCAUAAGGCUGAAUGUGAUUUAUCUGAUGCUUAUAAGAAGCAUUUAUUCGAUGGACAUUUGAGCUCUUCCAUCGUUAUUGCUUAUUCUCCAAAAAAUUGCGAUGAUCAAUUAUGUUUACAUUCCUCGCCGAAAACGAGUACUUCCUACUUCGUUCAGGUCCCGCAUGCAAUUAUGAAAGAAGGUGUGGAAGUAGUAAAAACGCAUUCAAUUCAUAAUUCACUACAUUCAAUCGGAGGUAUUCAGAUGAUUCUUCCUUUAUUCGCACAAUUAGAUCUAUCUUGGCCUGAAAAACAAGCAAUGAAGAACUCAGAAAUUUGCGCAACACUUCUUACUUCAAUAGCAUUCAUAAUAAAUACUUCAACAAGUGCUAUACAACAGCUUUUCCAUAGUAAAGCAUUUCUUAUUAUAUCCGAUUUACUGAACGAGGCUUCACGAGAACAUCUCACUGAUCGAGUAUUGGAUGCUUUUAUCAAUAUAGCGAAAUUCCUAUCAGCAUCACCAGCAGGCGCUCCACUUCUAAAACAUUUGCUGGAUCACAUUUUAUUUAAUCCUCAAUUAUGGGUCAAAGCAUCUGCAUUAGUACAAAUUCGACUAUAUAAGUAUUUAUCGGAGGAUUUUGUACGAAAUUUGAAUUUGCUAAUUAUUUUGCGUCGGUGUUCAGCUAUCGUAGAAUUACUUCAUGCAAUUAAAUUCUAUUAUUGGAUUGUGCCUCCACGUUCACCAUCUUCUUACUCGAUAAAAAAUGCUGAAGACAGAAUUGACAAAUCGUAUGUUAUAACCAUUCGUCAGCAUAUUCUUCUUCUAGUUACGCGUUUAAUUCAGAUUAGAAAUUCUAAAGAUAGCGAUAGUGCUACUCGAGAUGACGAAUUUAAUGCUCUUCUAAAUUUCAUUGCAACUGUGCAUGAGGAUGAUAAUCUGUAUGACAUUCUUGCUUUAACAGCUCAGCUUUUAGCUGACCAGCCUGCUACCAUGGUACCAGCUUUCGAUCGUAAGAAAGGAACUGCAGUAGUAUUUAAACUGAUUAAUUCAUCCAACGAACUUAUGCGUGUUCCAGCUUUGAAAAUUUUCGGCAUUUUUCUUUGUCGAUCCACUUUGAAGAGAAAGAACGAUUCAGUUGGUAAUCAAAAUCUAUUAACGCUAUUCACUGAUCGAUUACUUCUGCAUGCAAGCUGCUUAAGUCUUGCAACGUACAAUGUUCUUUUCGAGAUUUUGAUCGAGCACAUGACGCCUUCGAUCAGUUAUGUUUUACACUCACCAAUCAUGGAUUCUGCACGAUUCGAAAAUCCAGUUAUUCUAAAAGUGAUUGCCAAUCUCAUAACGCAGAGCGAACUUGGUCCUGAACUUAUUAAAGUGAAGAAGGCAUUCUUAAACGAUAUAUUAAUAAUGUGUGAACAUUCUCGUGAAAAUCGUCGUACGAUCCUUCAAAUGAGUGUUUGGCAAGAAUGGUUAAUUUCUUUGGCUCAUAUCUUUCCGUCAAAUUCAGAUGAAAUUUCAGUGAGCGAUCUUGUUUUCCGUAUAUUCUCUCAUCUUUUGUUCCACGCGAUUCGAUUAGAAUAUGGUGGUUGGCGAGUUUGGGUUGAUACACUUGCCAUCGCACAUUCGAAAGUUUCUUGGGAGCGUUACCGUUUGGCAGGCCAAGCUUCUGCAUUGAACGAUCGUUCAAGCGAUACAAUUUCAAGGAUCGUCUAUGAUUUGAUUUCUUCGGUCGUACUUAGUGUGGAUGGAAAACCUGAUGAACUGGAACGGAAAAAUGUUAAUUUGGAUGAUCAACCUAGUGCCAUAUAUCGAACACCAGAAUUUCGAUGGUCCAAUGUACAUUUAAGAUUAUUGAAUGAUCUUCUUGGCGCCAUAGAAGGAGUGGUGGAUGAAUGGAAGGCCGAAAACUCUUCAAUCCUUGAUGCCGUUAACAGUAAUGAGAAUAAUGUUUUUGUCAUGAAUACCGUUCAUAUGCUUUCGCAGCUAAGUGAUUCAUUAGUUAUGGCAUGCGGAGGAUUGCUUCCACUUCUUGCUGCUGCUACUUCUCCUAAUAGUGAGCUGGAAAUUGUGGAUUCAACAUCGCAGGCGCUGGAAAUUAAUGAAGCUGCUCGUCUUCUGGUUCGCUUUGUGCAUCUUACUGAUAUCUUUGUUUUUGCAUCAGGAAUUAGCUUCGGUGAUCUUGAACAAGAAAAAAAUAUGCCAAAUGGUGGAAUUUUACGCCAGGCACUUCGAUUAGUCUCAACAAUGGCUGUUCGUAAUAUCUUAGCAUGUCGCAGCGAAUCGUUCAAGAACAAGGCCAAAUAUCUGCGUGAUUCUAGAUUAUUGGCUCGUGCUGAAACCAUAGAACAAUUUGUAAAUGGAGCGAAUGAUGAAAUAGCAUUGGAUAAAGAACGAUUAUUACAAGAAAUUGAUAUUCAAAGAUUAAAAGGCAUUGUGUAUCGUGAUAUGGAGGAAAAUCGACAAGCGCAGUUCUUAGCUUUAGCCGUUACGUAUUUGUUGUCAGUUCUUAUGGUUUCUCGUUAUCGCGAUAUUCUUGAACCACCAUCAACUCCAAGCCCAUUUUUUGACACGACAGCAGCUGGCGGAUUUUCAAAAAUUUCGGAUGAUGGAAAUGAAUUAGAUCUCACGAGUGGAUCGCCGUUGGAUAUUCGUGGAAUAGAUGGUGAUUCAUCUCGAGGGCACCGUAAUAGUGGUUUUGAAGGAGUUAAUAAUGAUCCAGAAAUUGCUGCUAUACAUUUUGAGCAGAGAAGAGGAAAAGAUAAUGGAUAUCGGGAAGAUCAUUUGGAAACAUUCAGUGAUAGAAACUUGAACCCGCGUGUUCUGGAAACUGGUGAACGUCGAACUUAUCUAACAAAUAAGUUGCAAACAGCAUUGGAAACUACGGCACCUUUACUUAGAGAAAUUAUGACCGAUUUUCGGUCUUAUCUUCAAAAAACGCUUUUAGGUACACAUGGCCAGGAAAUAAUGAACGAUGUUAAAGUAAUGGAAACAAUGAAAAAUCAAGCAGGUUCGGUGAUUGAGUUGGUAAUGUUGCUUUGUUCCCAGGAGUGGCAGACUUCACUGCAGAAACAUGCUGGUCUAGCAUUUAUUGAACUUGUUAAUGAAGGUAUUUAUUUUUUAGGUCGUUUAAUGGCACAUGCGACUCGUGAUCAUAUUCUACGCGUUGCAAAUGAAGCUGAUUUUAUCCUGAAUCGUCUUCGAGCUGAUGAUGUCAGCAAACAUGCUCAAUUUGAGAGUGAAGCUGCAGAACAGAUGCAUCGUCGUCGACAAGAAGAAGCAAUGAACGAUCAUUUCAUAACAGCAAGUAGGCGCCGAGAUUCAUUGGUUGCGAAGCGAUUGUAUGAAAAAAUAAUAGCUGUUUUGAAUCGGUCAGGUGGAGCUUGGGCAGAUUCCAAGCAACAAGUGGAUGUAUUUUGGAAACUGGACGUUUGGGAAGAUGAUUCUCGGCGUCGAAAACGUUUUAUCACAAAUCCAUAUGGAUGUCGCCAUUCAACAGCUCAUUUAAAAAAUAUUCUUGAAAGGAAUACAUCAGCUCAAGAGAUUGAGAAAGCUCGUGAAGAAUUAUUACGUGAUUUGGUCGCAAGACGUGUUCUGUCGUUGGGCUCACUCAAAACUGGAACAACUGUUGGUGAAUUGGUUGAUGAAAGUGACAUUGACAAAUGGGCAUCUGAACCAGAUUCGGCUGUCGAUUUGCAUCGAGGUUUAUACUUUGUUGAACUUUGUUUCUAA